GCAAAAUUGGAAUACAGAAGAAAACGAGUCACUCUGUGCAAGCACCGUGAAAAUGUCAACUAUGACGAUAUUCACUCCCGCUCUUAGUUGCCCUCUCAAGCUUCAAUCAUCUCCAUAUCUCUUUACUCACGCCUCCUCCUAUUUUAUCCCAACCUCCAUCCUCAAAUUAACCACGUUUCGUAGCAGCAGCAGCGCUAUUGUUCGUGGAGGCCGCUCGACUGACCCUAAAGAAACCGCUUUCUUGGACGACAAUGGCGUUAUAGAAGAUAUGGAUGGUUACUUGAACUAUCUCUCUCUUGAGUAUGAUUCCGUCUGGGAUACCAAGCCAUCCUGGUGUCAACCAUGGACAAUAACACUGACAGGAAUCAUAGCAGUUGUGUGUAGCUGGUUAGUCCUUCGGUCUGUCGCAGUAACUGCUUCAGUUUCUUUUCUUAUUGCUGCCUGGUGGUACAUCUUCUUAUACAAUUAUCCUAAGGCAUAUUCAAGUAUGAUUGCAGAGAGGAGAAAAAAAAUUACAGAUGGUGUUGAAGACACAUAUGGUUCUAGAAAGUAGCUGAUGAUCCUCCCCUCCUCCCUCUUGUUGUGUGCAUAAUUGUAACUCAUUUAAUAUUUUGUGGUAGUUGUCGGAAAAGAUUAGGCAUUUCUAUGUUUUUAUAGAUAUAUUUACUGGUCCUUGAAAUUUACAUUCAUUCUUCUUGCAUUUAAUCAAUGAAACACCAAAAUUCAUAUUUA